AUGGCCGAUGAAGACAGUUUUCCCGACAAGAUAUACCCUUCGCUGUGUCCCAUAAACAGAGUCCGUUCUCAAAGUGAUACCUCUGGUUUCAGGUUGAAAAUAUUUACAAGGCUGCGUUCAGCUACUUCAGUUGAUGGACUGGAAAAAGCUUCACUGGCAAAUUGUGAUGUCGUGGUUGGAGAUGCACAAGCACAGCAGCUGAAGCAGAAGGGAAAGCUUUCUUCUCUAGGCAAGAUCUUCAAGCCCUGGAAAUGGCGCAAGAAGAGGACCAGUGAAAAGUUCCAGGACCUCUCCAAAGUCCUGGAGAGGAAAAUAUCCACAAGGCAAAGUCGUGAGGAGCUUAUAAGAAAAGGUGUCCUCAUUCUAGACCAAGAGGAGGCUGUGAGUGGGGAAAAGCCAAACGGACAUGCUGUACCUAAUACUGUAACAGAAGAGGUCAAAGCAGACAUUGAGUCUUUAGAGACGCUCACCGAGGAGAAGACAGACACACCAACUGACACAGAAGGUAACAUGAUUUUGGGGUGUGGGCGUGUUGCAGAGAAGAAUGAAAAAAGCCCAAAGCCAAAAGAGCCUGAAGAGUCCCAAGCUCUGGAAGCAGCCCCUAAAAAGCCUCAAGCUGCAACUCCUAAGCCGCCUGGUGAGGUUGUGGGUGCGGCAGGGAGAAAAGAUGGCAAAGUGGUGGGUAAAAAGUUGCCAAAGGCUGUGAAUAAGCAGACCUCUGCCUCACUGGCCAAACAAAACCCUCGAAACAGUCCCCGUGGGAACGCCAAGCCUGCCAAUCAGAAGAAAACCGGCUGUCCAUCCAAAAACGCCACAUCAGGUUCAGCACAGUCUUCCUCCACAACCCAGCCCAAAAAUAAAAAAGAGUCCACUGAGCUGACCACAGCAGAGGUUAAGCCUGGCACUAACAAAGCAAAUCCCUCCAAGUCCCAGCCUCCAUCAAAAACCUCACACAGAACUGACUCUUUGCCCCCUCAAAACUCUGGGAAGAAAGACCAAAGGAAUGGGGAGCCUUCCUCCAAGACAGACCAGCGCCUGGUUCAGGAGGAUGGAAGAGAGGAGCUGGAGGCUCCUGUGGAAAUGCAGGAAAAGCCCCUCAUAGUUAACAAGGUCACGUUGGAAACUUCCUUCACGCAGUCUUCAAGCAAAACCAACUCGGACUGCUCAGUGGAGCCUUCUGGCAAUGGACAAGGAGAAGAAGUCCAGGGGUCUGCCAUUGCUGCCACUGAGGGAACACAAAUGACUGCUGUGAAAGAGGAAGACCAGAGACAUCGGGCAGUCAACGUGGAAAACACAGAGGUGACUGUUAUACCUGACUCCAUUAGAGACCCUCAGGCCAGUGACUCUGACUCAGACGGGUCCAUCCAUUACAGGGACGGAGAUGAGGAUGAAGAUGACGAUUAUACCUCCAGUUCACUUGCCAGCAAAAUACGCCGCAGGGACACACUUGCCAUCAAGUUGGGCAACAGACCCAGCAAGAAGGAGUUGGAGGAGAAGAAUAUUUUGCCCCGUACAUCAGAGACAGAGCGACAAGAAUUGCGGCAGCAGAUUGGCUGUAAGCUAGUGAGACGCCUUAGUCAGAGGCCCAGCACAGAGGAACUGGAGCAGAGAAAUAUUCUAAAACAAAAAAAUGAGGAGGAAGAACAAGAGGCCAAGCAAGAAAUUAAAAGAAGACUUUCUCGAAAGUUGAGUGUGAGGCCAACAGUCGCCGAAUUGGUGGCACGUCGAAUAUUGCGCUUCAACGAGUAUGUUGAGGUCACGGAUGCAAAGGACUAUGACCGUCGUGCUGACAAACCCUGGACCAGGCUGACGCCAGCUGACAAAGCUGCUAUUCGAAAGGAACUAAAUGAGUUUAAAAGCAAAGAAAUGGAGGUUCAUGAAGAAAGCAAACAAUUUACCAGGUUCCAUCGGCCCUGAGGUGAUCCCUGUCGGUUGCGGGGGUGUAAGGGAGUAAUAUACUGGAAGGCUGCCUGCCCUGGGCACACUUACUCUCCUCUUCCUAACCCCCGCUGCCAAACCUCCCGCUGAGUAGGGGAUAACAGUCGGACUCUUUGUUGCCCGCUGGCUAUCCUCUGGCACGGGUCUUCUCCCCUCCCCCACUGGGCAACCUGUCGCAAGCCAUUGCUGUCAACCCCUGGGGGAGGGGCCAGAACAUGCCAGUACAUAGCUGAAAACUUUUCAGGGAAGGCCGAGACGGAAUUCUUGCUGUGCUGAAGAGAAAAAUGUGAAUGCAGACAGGUGCCUUGGAUCUGUCC